AUGCUUAACCGUAACAAAGUGCACAGAGCUAGAGCUGAGAGAGAGAUCCUUGAUUUGCUUGACCAUCCUUUUCUUCCUGCACUCUAUGCUUCUUUUCAGACAAAAACGCAUAUAUGUCUUAUAACAGAUUACUAUCCAGGAGGAGAACUUUUCAUGCUCCUAGAUAGACAACCUAGGAAGGUCCUCAAGGAAGAUGCCGUAAGAUUCUACGCUGCCCAAGUUGUCGUUGCACUCGAGUAUCUUCAUUGCCAAGGAAUAAUUUACCGAGAUUUGAAACCGGAAAAUGUGUUGAUCCAAGGAAACGGCGAUAUCUCCUUAUCGGAUUUCGAUCUGUCUUGCUUGACAUCUUGCAGACCUCAGCUGUUGAUUCCGAGUAUAGAUGAAAAGAAGAAGAAGAAGCAACAAAAGAGCCAACAAACUCCAGUCUUCAUGGCUGAACCUAUGCGUGCAUCAAACUCAUUUGUUGGCACUGAAGAAUAUAUUGCUCCGGAAAUUAUCAGCGGAGCAGGGCAUACAAGUGCAGUGGACUGGUGGGCUCUUGGUAUCCUUAUGUACGAAAUGUUGUACGGAUACACUCCUUUUAGAGGAAAAACCAGACAGAAGACUUUCGCCAAUGUUCUUCAGAAAGAUUUGAAGUUCCCAGCUAGCAUUCCUGCAACUCUUCAAGUGAAACAGCUGAUCUUUAGGCUGUUGCAACGAGAUCCGAAGAAGAGAUUAGGCUGUUUUGAAGGAGCAAACGAUGUCAAGAACCACACUUUCUUCAAAGGCAUAAACUGGGCUCUGAUUCGAUGCACGACUCCUCCGGAGCUUGAAACUCCGAUAUUCUCCGGCGAAGCUGAAAACGGAGAGAAAGACGUCGUGGAUCCUGAACUGGAAGAUCUGCAAACAAAUGUUUUUUGA